GAUUGUGGCCCCCCCGUUGCUCGGCAACGCGCGCCAGUUCCGGUCAGGUGGCGGAAGGCGGAAGUGCCGCGGCGCUUCCCGGAGGUGGCGGAGCUGCCGCCGCUUCGGGACCGAGCGGGGCCCGAACCGGGGCCGGAGGGACACGGCGGGGGCACCGCGGGGGCUCCGCGGCUCCUCCGGCACCGCCCGCGGCCCACACGGCGCGGGGAACGCCCGGCGGGGGCAGCGCGGGCAGCUCUGAGGGUGGUGAGGCCUAAACAGGGGCCCGGCCCGGGGGGGUGGGAGGGGCCUAGGGAGGGUUUGAGGGGCCCGGGAGGGUCGCUGGGACCGCCGGGGGGUCAGAGAGGAGCCCCGGGUGGUCGUAGGAGCCCCCGAAGGGUCAGUGAGGAGUCCCGGGGAGGGUCGGUGAGAAGUCCCGGGGUGGUCGCAGAAGCCCCCGGGGGGGGUCGGUGGGACCCCUGGAGGGGUCGUUAAGGAACCCCCGGGGGGGUCAGUGAGGAGCCCCAGAGGGGUCAGUGGGGACUCCCGGGGGAUCGGUGGGAGCCCCGGGGGAUCGGUGGGACCCCCGGAGGGUCGUUAAGGAACCCCCGGGGGGUCAGUGAGGACCCCCGAGGGGUCAGUGAGAAGUCCCGGCGGAUCGGUGGGAGCCCCGGGGGGGUCCCGCAGCCCCCGCAGGAGGAGGAGGAGGAGGAGGAGGAGGAGGGGCAGAGGAAGGGCCCCCCCGCCAUGGCGGCCCCCCCGGCCCUGGGCGGCCCCGCGGCCCCUCGGCCCGACCCGGUGGAGACGCUGCAGGAGGAGGCGAUUUGCGCCAUUUGCCUCGACUAUUUCUCGGAGCCCGUUUCCAUCGGCUGCGGCCACAACUUCUGCCGCGCCUGCAUCUCCCGCCUCUGGGCCCCGCCCGGAGCCGAAAACCCACCCCCGGAACCCCGGGCGGGAGCCCCCGCGGCCGCCGCCGAGGAGGAGGAGGAGGAGGAAGAGCUGGAGGAGGAGGAGGACGAGCUGGACGUGGAGCAGGACGAGGAGGAGGAGGAGGAAGGCGGCGGCGUGGAGGAGGAGGAGGACGACGAGAUGUGGGAGGAAGAGGAGGAGGAGGAGGACGCGGAGCUCUGGGAAGACCCCGAGGAGGAGGAGGAGGAAGAGGAGGAGGAGGACGAGGAGGAGGAAGCGGCCGCCUGGAGCGAGGGGGCGCGGGGCGGGCUCUACUUCGGCGCCGAGGACUACGAGGACGUGAUGGAGGAGGACGUGGAGGAGGAGGAGGACGAGGAGGAAGAGGAGGAGGAGGAAGAGGAGGAGCAGCAGCGGCGGGGCGAGGGGCGGCGAGCCCCGGGCGCCUUCACGUGCCCGCAGUGCCGGCAGAGCUUCGGGCAGCGCAGCUUCCGCCCCAACCGGGAGCUCGCCAACAUGGUCACCAUCAUCCGCCAGCUCCACCCGCGGCCCCAGCGCGCCCCCGGCCGCCCCGGCCCCGGGGCCGCGCCCGCCGUGCCCCCCGAGCUGUGCCAGAAGCACCAGGAGCCGCUGAAGCUGUUCUGCGAGGUGGACGAGGCGGCCAUCUGCGUGGUGUGCAGGGAGGCCCGCGGGCACAAGCACCACAGCGUCGUGCCCCUCGACGAGGUGGUGCAGGACUGCAAGAACAAGCUCCAGAGCCACCUGGAGCCCCUGAGGAAGCAGCUGGAGACGGUGCUGAGGCAGAAAUCCAGCGAGGAGGAGAAAAUCUCCCUGCUCAAGGAUCAGAUGCAGGCCGAGGUGCAGGAGCUGGAGGGGGAUUUCGAGGUGCUGCACCGGUUCCUGGCGGGGGAGCAGGUCCAGCUGCUGCGGCAGCUCCGCGAGCGCCACGAGGCCCUGCUGGGGCGGCAGCGCCGCAACCUGGGCAUGCUGGAGGAGAGGACCCAGGCCCUGAGGAGGCUCAUUGGGGACGCUGAGGCUGCUGCCAGGCAGGACGGGCUCCAGCUGCUCAAGGACAUCAAAAGCACCUUCAUCAGGUGUGAGAACAUCAAAUUCCAGGAGCCCGAGAUGGUGCCCGUGGACGUGGGGAAGAAAUUCCGGAAUUGUUUCCUGCAGGACGUGGUGAUGAGGAAGAUGGAAAAGGUCUUCAGCAAAGUGCCCCAAGCCGACGUGACCCUUGACCCGGCCACCGCCCACCCCCUCAGCCUGUCCCUGGACCGGCGCAGCGUCCGGCUGAGCGAGCGGCGCCAGGACCCCCCCGGGGCACCUCGCCGGGGCGACAGCGGCGACCUGUGCGUGCUGGGGCCCCCGUUCAGCGCCGGCCGCCACUACUGGGAGGUGGAGGUGGGCGGGCGGCGGGGCUGGGCCGUGGGGGCGGCGCGGGAGAGCGCCCUGCCCCGCCACAAAGGGGGGGCCGGACCCCCCAAGAGGGAGAUCUGGGCCGUGGGCACCACGGGCAAGAAGUACCAGGCGCUGACGGCCACGGAGCAGACGGCGCUGGCGCCGGGGGAGCAGCCGCGGCGCUUCGGCGUCUACCUGGACUACGAGCGGGGGCAGCUCUGCUUCUACAACGCCGAGAGCAUGAGCCACAUCCACACCUUCCACAUCUGCUGCAGGGAGAGGCUUCCCUUCUUCCGCAUCCUGGCCAAGGGCACCCGCAUCAAGAUCUGCACCUGCACCGGGGGGUGGUGA